AUGAGACUCGGUGGGCUCACCGUCUCUUUCAUGACAUUGACUUCUGCAUCGCCGACGACUUGGCGGCGAGGCUUGGCGUCGCGCCAAAGUGCUUUGUGCUCGUCGCUCGUCCCCUGCUGCUGCCGCACACCUCAGCGAACGGUGUUUGUGCGCUUCCAGCCCACCCCUAACGACGCGUGUUACAAGUUCUACGUCGAUCACAUGCAGUUUCUGCCGCCCCACGCGCACACCAUGCUGUUCAACCGCACGAACAGCUACCUGUCUCCGCUUGCCCACGCGCUGCUGGAGGCGCUGCCGAUGGUGGAGGAGGUCACGGUGGGUGCGUCCUUUGUGACGGUGAAGCGCGUGGAGGUGGCGGAUACGGAGGCCGCGGCGCGCUACUUUGCCAUGACGUUCCACGGAGUGCAGCAGAGUAACGAGGCCGACGAGGCAGCCGCCGCGGCGCGGUCGCAGGCGCUGCAGCAGCACGCUGCCGACGUCAUGAAUGAGGACUGCGAGUCGGGUGGCGGGGCGGCAGCCCAGCCCUGUAGUGGGGAUGACGCACCUACCGCAUCGUCUUUUUCGACUGCGGACGCGUCCUUUGACAUCGGCGGGUUCACGAUUUCGUCGUCUUCACGCGACAAUCAGAUUGAUGAGGCUGUCCUGCAGUCACUCAUCGUCGCGACUGACUGGUCGGAGCUCAAGUUUCACGUAAGUGCACUGCUCACUGACCACAUCUGCAGCGGCAAUCCGCACGUCGACCCUAACGCCCCAAACCCCCACGCCGACACCGUCGCGGAGGCGGGUGACUCGGAGAUUGUGCUGAUGAUCAAGGAGCUUGUCGCCACCACAAUCCGACCACAGUUGCAAGAGGAUGGCGGUGACCUUCGCUUCGUCGGCUUUGAUCCCGUCUUGGGCGAUAUGCGUGUCGAGCUGCUUGGGGCGUGCCGGACUUGCAAGAAUAGUAAGACAGCGCUAGUGGAUCUGAUCGAGCGCACCACACGACACUGGAUACCUGAGGUAAAAGCUGUCAAGGAAGUCUCGCGGACCACUUCCGCCUUCGAGGAGUUGGCUGCACAUCACAGUACAGCUGCCGCCGUCGGCGCGACCGGCUUCUCGUCUUCUGCAUUGACAGACCGACUUACAGAGGAGGUUGAUGACGAUUUGCUGAAUGCAAAGGGCAGAGUGCAGUUCUCGCCCUCACCGACGUUGGCGUCGGCGCGUGCUGCGUCAGGUGCGUACAAGAUAGUGCGCGAGGUCCGGGCGUCCUCUGUCGGCGAAGCGACAACUACCUGCCCUGCUGCUGCGCCGUCAUGA